GGAGGCCGCGAGGAAGAGGAGGAACGCGGCGAGGAAGCGGGCGAAGCGGAGCAGAGAGCCGCCGGCCGCAAGAAGAAGACGCGCACGGUGUUCAGUCGCAGCCAGGUCUUCCAGCUGGAGUCCACGUUCGACGUGAAGCGUUAUCUGAGCAGCUCGGAGCGGGCCGGCCUGGCAGCAUCGCUGCACCUCACCGAGACGCAGGUGAAGAUCUGGUUCCAGAACCGCCGCAACAAGUGGAAGCGGCAGCUCGCCGCCGACCUGGAGGCGGCCAACCUCUCUCACGCCGCCCAAAGGAUUGUGCGGGUCCCCAUUUUGUACCACGAGAACUCGCCGGCCAGCGCCUUGGGCUUCGGCCUGCCCCACAUGUCCCCCCCCUUGGUGGGCUUCUCCGGCAGCGUCAGCUACCCCCUGGGCACCUUCCCCGCCGCCUCCCUUCCUUUCCUCCGCUCGCAGAUGACGGGACUCGUCUGAGCGCCCACCUGUGUCGGGACCGCGGCCCCGAGCCCCCUCCCUUGGCUUCCAGCUUCACCUUCGGACUUUUUCUUUCCACUUUCACCAUUUUCCGCUUUUCGACUUUUAUUAUUAUUAUUUUUUUUUUAAAGAAAACGUGCAAUAAACUUACCGCUGGGGUUAACGCAGAGCGGCGGGCAGCAGCCGGACGGAACCCAGAUGAGCGCAGCCAUGAGCCGGGGGCCGUAUAGAGGCCCCCCCUCCCC